GAGCAAGCGGAAGGGGACGCCUUGGUAGGGUACUUUUAGGUGCUCGGCGGUCGACCGGGCCUAAAUCGGACCAGACGUUGAACUAGACAGCGGCUGGAGCAUCGCCCUGUCCUCGCUCACUUCGCUUGCGUCCCGAGAAUUCCUUGCGCCCCGUCUUGAGCCGAAUCAGAAGGCCUACUGGCGUGAGAAUCGCUGGCGCCCGCGCAGGUUCUGGCAUCUCCGCGCGCCCACCGUGUGUUGGCCUCAGGGGCACGUUGCCGCGUCUGCCACCCUCGGGGCCGGGCUGGCGGGAGGCUUGACACAACCGAGGACGGUCGCAAUGGAUUUCCAGGAGUCCCGUCGCUGCCGUGCGGGCCCAUUGGGCCCCUAGCGCUCCGGGCACUGGCCGCGUCACCGGACAAAGGGUCCCGGGUGCCGGGGUGUCCCCGAGGAGGGUUUACCUCCCCUCCGAUCCCACGGGCGCGCUUCCCUCUUGGUUGAUCCCGAAGCCCGCCCCGCCACCGUCACUGCAGUGGCCCUGACUGCAUGAGACCAACAGGACUAAUCCUACUCUGCGGAUCUAAUCCGGAUCGGGACCCGGUCCCGGGGAAGGCCCCCACCACCCAUAUUGUUUGGGGGCCUAGGUGCGCCCUCAGGCUAGAAGUGACAGGCGUAGACGUCGGAGAGCCGAGGCGGUGGCCAUCUCUGGAGCCCGAGGUGCCCGAGCGCGUGGUUCACGCCAUCGUCGGCCUGCAGGGUCCUGGCGUGGCCCCGGUACUGAGCUGCGCGCCAACCCCCGCGGGGCUGGCGCUCCAGCUGCGGCGGUCCGCCGUCUUCGAGCGCGUCCUCGGCGCCGUGGCCGCCUAUGCCGCGCCCACCGUCCCCGCCGCCCCGGGCCCGCGCGUCGUCCUGCACUGCCCGGCGCUGCGCGGCAGCCCCUGCGCCCUCCGCCUGAGCCAGCUGCGUGCCGUGCUCGUGGCCGACCACCUGGCGCGAGCUUUGCACGCUCACAGGGUGAGUGUGCGCCUAGUGCCCGCCGUGCGGGACCCGCACAUGCCGACCUUCCUGCAGCAGCUGCGGGUGGACUGGCCCGCGGCCUCAGAGAGAGCCGCGACCGAAGCCCUGAGGAGCCGCGCGCUUGCAGAGCUCACCCCUGCUCGUAACGCGGAAGCCCUGCCCCCUGGCGCCCUGGGCCGAGUGUGCCUGAAGGAGCUGGUGGACGAACGGGGACGCACAACUGGCUAUGACCCCAACCUGGACAGCUGUCUGGUGACGGAGGAUCUGCUCGCUGUGCUGGCGGAGCUGCAGCAGGCUGUGCAGGAUUGGGCUGAGGACAGCUCCCUAGGCCUGGCCGCGGCCCCAGAUGCUGGUGCAGGUAGCUGUAUGGUUGUACACGUGGUGAGCUGUGAGGAGGAGUUCCAGCAACAGAAGUUGGACCUGCUUUGGUGGAAGUUGGAUAACCACGCUCCUCUCAGACAGAAGCACCUGGUCUGUGGCCCAGUGAAAGUAGCUGGUGCACCUGGCACCCUGACUGCCCCCGAGUACUACGAGCUCCGGCAUGCCCAGGUGUGCAAGGCCUCAGCACUGAAGCACGGUAGGGACCUGGCACAAGACCCAGCCUGGAUGGAAAUCUUCAGGGUUCUCUCUGUGGCAACCAUUAAGUUUGAGAUGCUCAGCACAGCCCCACAAAGUCAGCUUCUCUUGGCCCUGGCCGACAGCAGCAUUUCCACAAAGGGCACCAAAAGUGGCACCUUUGUCAUGUAUAAUUGUGCACGUCUUGCCACACUCUUUGAGAGUUACAAGUGCAGCAUGGAACAAGGUCUGUACCCCACUUUCCCACCUGUGAGCAGUCUGGAUUUCUCCCUGCUACAUGAUGAGGGUGAGUGGUUGCUGCUCUUCAACAGCGUCCUCCCCUUCCCAGACCUGCUGGGCCAGACAGCAGCCCUGCCCCACACAGCCCCAGGGCUCCACAUCACUGCACGCACAGAGAUGGUGUGCAAGUUCCUGGUACAGCUCAGCAUGGAUUUCAGCUCAUACUAUAACCGGGUACACAUCCUAGGGGAGCCUCGACCACACUUGUUUGGUCAAAUGUUUGCCCGUCUGCAGCUUCUGCGGGCUGUGCGUGAAGUGCUCCACACCGGGCUGGCCAUGCUGGGUCUCCCUCCACUGAGUCACAUCUAAGGCCACAGAGGCCCUAAUAUCUGGGAAUGUCCGCAAAGUCAUCAACUGAAAGGGAAAAAACCCACAGAUUUUGUUAGAGACCCAGAACCAAAAUAAAUUGCUUCUGUGACAAA